CUAGCGAAAGGAGCACACGCUUCAUAAAACUAAUCUGUGAAAAAACACGUGUUGAUCCGUGGACUGUGUGUAGUGGUGAAGUGAAAUUUUGGAGGGAAAUUGUUAGAAAAUAUUGUCGUAACAGGAGGACAAUGGAACCCACUUCGGAUCGAAAUCUGUUCAUGACUUCGCCGUUCGUGCUAACAAAGGAGAUUAAUGUAACCUAACAUGACAACAUGACCAUCGAUAUAGUUUUGAAGGAAAAUUUCACUUUGGACUUUCGAGAGCUCUCUACAUCAAUGUAUCUAACCGAUACUUAUGUAAACCACUCACUCGAAAUAAAUGAAACGACUAACGAUUUAAUUUAUUCCAAUCAGUUUAAAGAUGACCCUUUUUUUGUAUUUCUCGCCGUUCUCAAAUGUAUUAUUAUGCUUUUUAUUAUCAUUGCUGCAAUUUUCGGAAACCUUCUGGUUAUUGUUUCUGUUAUGAGGCAUAGGAAGUUGCGAGUGAUCACUAACUAUUUCGUUGUUUCGCUGGCGUUGGCUGAUAUGCUUGUAGCAAUAUGGGCUAUGUGCUUUAACUUCAGCGUAGAAAUAACUAACGGGGAGUGGUUGUUUGGCUAUUUCAUGUGCGAUGUAUGGAAUUCCUUGGAUGUCUACUUUUCGUCUGCCUCCAUUCUACACUUGUGCUGCAUUAGUGUGGACAGAUACUAUGCGAUAGUCCAGCCCUUGGACUAUCCUUUAAUAAUGACGACGAGUCGACUUGGAACAAUGCUAGCCGUGGUGUGGUGCAGCCCAGCGCUGGUCUCAUUUCUCCCAAUAUUCAUGGGCUGGUACUCUACAAUGGACCACUUGGAGUUUCGGCGAAGGCACCCGAAGGUAUGCAGCUUCACAGUCAACAAGGUGUAUGCGGUGAUAUCGAGCAGCGUCAGUUUUUGGAUUCCGGGAGUCAUCAUGAUCUUUAUGUACUAUAGGAUCUAUGUGGAGGCUGAUAGGCAGGAACGCAUGUUAUACAGGAGCAAAGUGGCAGCUCUGCUCUUGGACAAGCACUUGCAGAUCAAUGGUAUCUCCGUGGGUGAUGUGAUGCGUGAACGUCAGAGCAUUCAGAUGCAACCAAUGGCCAGCAGUAAAAUGAAAAGAGAGCGGAAAGCAGCACGAACAUUGGGGAUCAUAAUGUCUGCAUUCCUUGCUUGCUGGCUUCCAUUCUUUUUGUGGUACAUCAUAACUGCGCUAUGUGGCGAGGCAUGUCCGUCACCGCCACCAGUUGUAGCUGCGGUCUUCUGGGUGGGGUACUUCAACUCAGCCCUUAACCCUCUCAUAUAUGCCUAUUUUAACCGGGACUUCCGAGCGGCCUUUAGGAAGACCUUGGGCUCAUGUUGCAGAUCAUUAUGCGGUAACAUUGGACGUCGUUACUGCGCUCAAAUGCAUCGGCGUGACCAUCAUCACUCAAACACGUCAGAUAUGCACAUGAAUAAUUGUGUCAAGUCCACUUCUGCGGAUAUUCUGAAGCAACCCACCUGCUCUCGCAUAGAAGAGCCAACAGCCUAAAAUAAAUAAUCUAAGCCAAAGUACAUUUAUAUAGAGUAUAAUUUUUCUGAAGUAUUCAUCAC